AUGACAUUAAACAAUCUAACAACGACUAAUGGAGAUUGGAAUUCCCCAUACCAACCCAUAAUACAGACUCUCGGGUGGUUUGUUGCUGGUGCACUUUCUUUGGGAACAAUCCUUGGCAAUGCUCUUGUUUUGUUUGCUUAUAAACUUGAAACUUCCAUAAGCAGACAGUUAAACAAUCGUUUUAUCGUCUCGCUGGCAGUUUCCGAUCUAAUUAUUGGCAUUGAAGGCAUUCCAUUCUUUACAGUUUACGUUAUAAAUGGCGAUUUAUGGCCUCUUGGAAGGUUAGCUUGUGAAAUUUGGCUAUUUCUCGAUUAUACUCUCUGUUUAAUUUCAAUUUUAACCGUGCUUUUGAUAACAGUAGAUAGAUAUCUUUCUGUUUGCCAUACAGCUUCCUACAUAAAAUGGCAAACGCCUAUGCGUAUUCAAAUAUUAAUUUUUGGCUCGUGGAUAUUGCCAAGCCUAGUUUUUGGCCUUAUGAUAUUUGGAUGGCCGUUAAUGGGAAGCAUUGAAGACCAAAUACAAGCAACAUCUAAUGGAGAGUGUUACGCCCCUUUUCUCGCUAAUCCAUUUGUAAAUAUGAGUAUGUAUUUGGCUUAUUAUUGGACAACGCUUGUAGCCAUGUUAAUUUUAUAUAAAGGGAUUCAUAAAGCAGCAAAAAAGUUGGAAAAACGAAGCAAAGCUAGGGAGCAUAGACACAUUGCCCUUUUGUUAACUCAAAGAUUGGGUACUCAGGCAAGCUUCCUGAAUUAA